UCUGCCGGAAAUUACAAAGAAGAUGUAGGGUUGCGCGCGCAUCCGUCGCCAUAUUGAAAGAAGAGGUCCCUACUUUUUGAAAGUACCUGCUUUCCCCCCUAAAUAAACACAUUAGUACCGUUUCAUUCGUGUCAAGUCCACGCCAUGGCGGACGGGAACGGACAGUUACCGAACCUGCAGCGCAGCAGCCCACUACAGAGCCCCCAAAUCAAUGCAGGCUCCCCCGCCGCAGCCGAUGAGCAAAGGCCGUCCAACAAAGAAGAAGGAGCCUCGCAGCCAGGCGGGGAUGCUCGCACACAAAUGAAACUUCAUAUUGCCAGUUUUCGGAAGCCCGGUGAGAAAACCUUCACGCAGCGCUGCCGUCUGUUUGUUGCUAAUUUACCGCUGGAUAUUCCGGAUGAAGAAUUUGUGGGUAUGUUCUCAAAGUAUGGAAAUACGGCCGAGGUUUUCAUUAACAGAGAACGAGGAUUUGGCUUUAUUCGUCUGGAGACGCGAACACUUGCAGAGAUUGCCAAAUCUGAGUUAGAUGGCAAAAUAUUGAACCAUCAACAAAUCACAAUCCGCUUUGCUACACAUGGUACAGCCCUCUCUGUGCGGAACCUUCUACCCGUUGUCACCAAUGAGCUUUUGGAACAGGCCUUUUCACAGUUUGGCCCGGUGGAACGAUCUAUCGUGGUGACCGAUGACCGUGGACGGCCCACUGGCCGAGGCAUAGUGGAGUUUGCGAAUAAAGCGUCUGCACGCAAAGCUUUGGAAUGCUGCACAGAAGGCGCACUGCUGCUAACCACAACACCUUGUCCUGUCAUUGUGGAGCCCGCAGAACACUUUGAUGAUGAAGAAGGACUGCCGGAAAAGUUGUUACCAAAGACUCCAAGGUACCUCAAGGAACGAGAACAAAAGCCACAUUUCGCUCAGCCAGGAACAUUUGAUUUUGAGUUCUCGUCUCGCUGGAAAGCUCUUGAUGAGAUGGAGAAACAGCAAAGAGAUCAUGUGGCCAAGUAUAUUAAAGAGGCCAAAGCGAAGUUGGAGGCUGAACUGGAGUCAGCAAAGCAUGAACAUCAACUCAUGUUAAUGAGGCACGAUCUAAUGCGACGUCAGGAGGAGUUGAGGAGACUGGAGGAGCUUCGCAACCAGGAACUGCAGAGACGAAAGCAAAUAGAAAUUAGGCAUGAGGAGGAGCGAAGGCGACGGGAAGAAGAAAUGGUGAGAGGACACAGAGAUCAGGAGGAUCUCAGACGGCAACCAGAUGGCUUUAGAUCGGGCUACCAGGACAACAGAGAACAGGAAAUGAGAGUGGGUGAUCUGGUCCCCCGUGGAGCUAUGACCAUGACAGAUGCUUACAAUCAGACCCCAGCUGUGUCCAACCCUAACCAGGGUCAAAUGAUGAGCAUGAGCGGAAGGAGCACAGCCGUUGGCCCCGAGGGAACUGCUGCAAACAUGGCCUCAAUGUUGAUGUCUGAAAAUGGCAACAUGCGAGGAGAUAGAUAUCCGCCAGCUGGAUUGCUAACAGGGCGAGUAGAAGUAGAGUCACCGAAGCAGCAGCAACAGCAGUCGGCACCAACAGGCCCUCCUACUGGGCCAGCACCAGGAUUUGGACAGGGAAGUCCUGUAGAAGGAGUGUUUGAUGGACCAAAUAACAAGCGACGGCGGUACUGACCUCAUAUAGACUUCAUGUUCAUCUACUUUUCCCUGAAACGUGUGCUGAUUGCUUUAUUUUUUAGUUACUGCUAUGCUCUGCAUAGUCUACUUUUUAUUUUGUGCAUUUCAGUCUACCACGUCAGGCUUUUAGAACUAGUCCAAGCCACAUUGUUUUUCUACAAUAAACUGUCUCUGUGCAUUGAG